AACGCUCCACAAUAUAUCAGAUUCAGAUCGAAUAGAGAGGCAGAGAUGGGAAAGAGUAGCAGAAAUCCGGACCCUCCGAGCUGCAAGAAGUACGGGGUUCCUCUCUAUGGGGCUUCGUGGGUCCCACGCAAGAGCAUCAGAUCCGACUCAAACCCAACGCAAGACGACGACGGCGAUCAACCUUCCGCCGACGGAUCGCCGCCGUCGACUGCUGCCGAGAACUACCUGGUUUUUGCUGGAGGCGGUGGUGAAGGCCGCAGCGGCAUCCCCAACGCUUUACUCCUCGCCCACUUCGAUCCCGCUUCCGAUUCUCUCUCCGAUCUGCCCGUGGCAAAACUUGGAACUGGAGCUGAUUUGCCUUACAGAAUGGCUGUGCAUCCUGGAGGAGAAGGCCUUAUAUGUUCGUUGCUGAAAAGUUGCAGAUGGUUCGAGUGGGAUGCAACUAAUAGCACUGAUGGUCAUAAAUUGGGUCUAAAAGAUUCUGAAAAUGUUCUCAAUCAACUUGAAGAUAUUGGACUACAAUUAGCAUUGACUUUUAACAAUGAGGGUUCUUUACUUGCAGUUGGCAGCGAGGAUGGCAAGUUGAGGGUUUUCAAGUGGCCUAGCAUGGAAAUUAUUAUUGAUCAGGCUGAUGCUCAUUCAUCUGUGAAGGAUUUGGAUUUCAGUCCUGAUGGGAAAUUUCUUGUUUCGCUGGGAAGUGGUGUACCUGGUAGGGUUUGGGAUGUAACAUCAUCAACAUCUGUAGCUUCUUUACAAAAGGAAAAUGAUGAGGUUUUUGGUUUCUGCAGAUUCUCACAAACUAAUGGCAAUAGUCUGGUUCUAUAUGUCACUUCAAUGCGAGAUCGAGGUGGAAGUAUAAUAAAAUGGAAUCCUACCUCAUGGACGAGGAUGAGCUCAAAGCACAUAGUCAAAGACCCAGUUUCCGCCUUCGCUGUUUCGACUGAUGGGAAGCUUCUUGCAGUAGGGACAACUCAAGGUGACAUAUUAAUAUUAAAUUCCACUAGUAUGCGGGUGCAGGCCAUAGUUAGAAAAGCACAUCUUGGCAUUGUAACAGCAUUGAUGUUUUCUGAAGAUUCAAGGGCUUUGGUAUCCGCAUCCUUUGAUUCAAGUGCAAGGGUGACGCAAAUUAAGGACGAAAAGAAAAAUGGAUCGAGCAUGUGGAUCAUUUUGUUCAUCCUCCUACUUGCAGUAGCUGUAUAUUAUGCAAAGAACGAAGGAAUGCUUCCUUGGUGACUACUGUUCUUACCAAAAAAUUUGUGAAAUAUUACCUAAGUAAGUUGUACACUAAUAAAGUUCAUAAAGGAGAGAGCGAGAUUUCGUUACAGGUUGAUUAUUCUACUAUUGUACUUUGUUUUUAUCUUUUUUGUACUCGGAUCAGCGAGGCUUGUUGCUAGGGGAUAGAAGUGUGGACUUGUUAUCAAGGAUGGAUGUAGUCGGUGUUCAGACUCGAACCCAUUGUUAUCCCCCACCCCAAUACCCCUUAAUGGAAGCUAUGUUUUUGGUUAAAA